AUGUUUCGCAAAGGACGCGGCCUUUUCGAACUUAAAGAAAAUGAAGUGCAACAGAUUUUGUUGGCUGAUAACAGUGACGAAGAGGACAAUUUACUGCUUGACGAAGAUCAAAGGCUUUUGACUCAGGAUGAUGAUCAAGGGAUUGUGGACGUGGAAAUUGACGGUACGAUAACUGAACAUACUGACUCAACAAGACCUGAGCCUUCCACAUCAGCACCUGUAAACGAAGCACAGCAUCAACCCGUCUUCAAGUGGAAUUCGAGAACAUACGCACCAAAUGUUUUUCGUGAUGUGGAAUACGACUUCGGGAAAGUGCAAAUCUGUCAAGAAGCUGAAAAUGGACUAUUGACUCCCUUUGAUAUAUUUUGUUCAGCGACAAAUUUUUAUAAUUUAGUGCAAUAUAUAGUACCGGAGUCAAUACAAUAUGCUCAUCAAAAUGGACGGGAGUUUACUAUUGAUCUCGAAGAAAUGAAAGCAUUUCUUGGGAUGAAUGUAGUCAUGGGCUACCAUAUCUUGCCAUCAUUGAGGGACUACUGGUCUACAGAACCAGACAUGGCAGUACAAUUCAUAUCGAAUGUUAUGCCAAGGGCUCGAUUUGAAGACAUUCGCCGGAACCUACAUUUCUGUAACAACGAAGCG